AAAACGCCGAGACGAGCUCUGCUGUUAGUUAAAAUCACAAGGGCAAGGAUGGUGUGAUGUGUGUGUUUGUUAAUCUCAGUAAAUUCUGUGUGUAAUACCACCAAGACUCCAAAAGCAUCGUCGUGCGUAGCGUUGACCUUUUAUACAUGUUUAAAUUACGCAAACAAAGAUGUCUAUAAUUUGUGAGGUUAGUCGAAGCCUAAAGCUAAUGUUGGGACAAAUUCAACCAUGCAAACACAUGGGAGUGACGUUAACCCUCCAAAAGCAUAUGCAGCAUCAUUCGGUUCGUAGUUUGAGUCAGGCAGCUGCCAAAACCGAGCCUGAGGUUGAUGACAAUGAGGCUGUCAACAAGGCAUUUGUCAACAGAAAUCCCCGGAGUCUUGAGCAGAUGGCCAUUUCAAUGAAAGACAGAGGCUGGGCAACGGUGUGGCCCUCCAGAGAGUUUUACCACAGACUCUACUUCUCUCGGACGCAACAUCACAUCACUGCGGAGAUUUACCCCAGGGACUCCACAGAGCCUGUCAUCACUUGCUCCACGCGGGAAUGGGCGAUCAAACGCGAACUGAGCUCCACGCGCUCCGUGGCCGCUUGCCAGGCGGUGGGUGAGGUGCUGGCUCAGAGGUGCGUGGAGGCGGGUAUCACACGCAUGGUUUUUCGCGAGAUCCCCUGGCUGUUCCGCUCGGAAUCGGUAAUGACAUUUUGGACGGCUUUGAAAAAGGGAGGAGUCACUCUAAGUGAACCAAGACGGAAGUACAUCUGAGUCGAGACCCUUUUCUUUCUCUAUUUUUUUUUUUUCUCUCCUGUCCCACAAUAAAGUAUCUUUGUCGAA